UUUGAUAUUCAAUCACAUUGUCAAUUGAUAUUUGAUAUUUGAUAUUUGAUAUAUGUUGAUUGAUACAAUGAAUAAGUGUGAACAAACUUAAAGCCUAGACCAUAAAGGUAAGCUCACUCUCUCACUGAGCAGGUGCUAUCCGCCAAGUGAAUAGGCCUCAAAGAAACCUGGAAGCGGGCCUUGAGAACGCGACCACCAGUACCACAGCAUCUUCCAACACCACAACACGAUACGUCUAGCCCCAUGAAUCUUUUCUCUUCACAAAUUCCUUUGCGACGAUUUUAUUCCGGUUCUCUUUAGCUCGGUGUCCUCUGUGUCAAUUGAGAACUAAGGAAUCAAGAUGGUUCAAUGGAGGAGGUUGUUUGGUUGGGAUUCAAGGUAUUUGUUUUUCCCCUGGUGUGCGAAAGCUACCUAUGAUGCUUCAGGAGUUCUCAGAGUUCUCUCAUUGAUAGCGCGAUAUGGAGGGGUACUGAUAGUUCUAUGAUUAGCUCAGAUCAGCAUUUUUGGCGCGAUGAAGCUCAUCGUCGUAAGUUUUUCCACUCUUUUCAUUUGAUUCUGCAUGAGUCGCACAACUAAUAAUUUCUAGUUCUUCCCUCAUACCAUGAAGAUGAAGUCCCCAGCGCAAUCCCACCUCUCGAAGUCACCAAAACCGCUCUUCGUCUUCGAUAUCUUAUCGAAGAAACUGUGCCAUGUGAACUCGAAGAAGCAAAUGUCGUUUGCGCACAUUCAAAAAUUAUCACCAGAAAGGUUAUUGCAGCGGCGAAGGAAGCAGGUGGGAAAGAAUAUGGUGCCUGUGUAGUUUAUGCGCUGUUGGUUUGCAAGAGGUGGUUUAAGAAGCAAGCAAUGUUGGAGUUGUGGGAUGCGGAUUUGCAUAAUGUGAGAGCUGUGGCUUGUGAAGUCAUUGCGAAACAAUUGUGAGUUUGGUUGGGAUAGUGUCGGGAAAGAUAAUAUACUGAUAAGUGGCGUAGGAUUGAAACAGAAGACAACCAGGAAUACCUUUUACAGAAUGUGCUACUGAAGAGAUACUCGAUAUUGGUAGAUGGUGAACAGACUACACCUGCGAAUGUUAUCGAAAGAGCGGUGGAUCUGCAUGCCCUACGUGUUACCGGCUCUUCUGGAUAUCAGAAAUGUGUCAAUUAUCUCUGGCGAGGAUGGCUCGUACAAGAUGAGAAUGAUCCUUCUCAGUUUGUGGAUUACAAGCAGAAAGAUAAUACACAUUACUGGACUCACGUUGAUCCAGACCGCAUGCGCGCACCAAUAUAUCAGAAUGCGACCCAAAUAAUCUUCUCCUUGAUGUACCUGGCUUUGUACACCGGUGCCAUCAAUACAGUCAAUCCAAAAGGAGAUUUGGACAUUGUAGAAAUUAUUCUCUAUACCUUCACGGCUGGUUUCAUCUGUGAUGAGUUCAGCAAGUUUUGGAAGGUUGGAAGAAAUUAUAUUGGAUUCUGGAAUGUUUUCAAUGUAAUUCUCUACGCGCUUCUGACUACAAGUUUGGUGAUGAGGAUUAUUGCCCUGGGCCAUCCACAAGAAGAAGACCGGGAUGGGCAGAGACAGAAGUACAAUCAGCUUAGUUAUAACUUCUUGGGUAUGUUUAAACUUUCAUUUUAAUGGUUGAAAUAAGUGCUGACGUUCAAAGCUUUCUCCGCUCCAAUGUUCUGGAUGAGAUUACUACUUUAUCUCGACUCCAUUCGCUUCUUUGGCACUAUGCUUGUCGUUAUCAAAGUAAUGAUGAAAGAAUCUCUCAUCUUUUUCGCUCUGCUAUUUUUCAUCAUCGUCGGUUUCUUACAAGCAUUCAUUGGUAUGGACAUGGCCGAUUCUCACGUCGACUCUGCUGCAUUCAUUCUUCAAGCCAUGGCCAACGCUGUAAUGCAAUCUCCAGACUUCUCCGGCUUUGAUAACUUCGCUCCACCUUUUGGUAUUAUCCUCUAUUAUAUUUUCACAUUUCUCAUUAUGGUCGUUCUUCUGAAUAUACUCAUUGCGCUUUACAAUUCGGCUUAUGAGGAUAUUACGGAUAAUGCUAUCGAUGAAUACAUGGCACUCUUCUCUCAAAAGACCAUGCAAUUCGUCCGAGCCCCUGACGAAAAUGUCUUCAUCGCACCCACCAAUCUCAUUGAAAUCUUUUUUCUUAUCCUUCCAUGCGAAUGGUGGAUGCCAAGAGAACAAUACGCGAAGCUUAAUGAUUAUGUCAUGGCAGUCAUCUAUUCACCAUUAUUGUUAAUAGCUGCAUGGUUUGAACGGAGAAGCGCAAUCAAGGUUAGCGGCAAUAGAGGCCGUGGUGAGGAAGAUGAUGAUACAGUGGAGGAAUGGGAACAAUUAUUCGGCGAAGUAGAUUUUGAGGGAGAAGGUUGGGAAAAGACUGUAAAGAGCGUUAAACCAAAUGUUGAGUCUGAUGAAGCGACGGUAGAGGUUAGAGAGUUGAGAAAGGAAGUUGCGGAGUUGAAGGAUUUGCUGCUGAUGUUGGUGAAGGAGAAGGAAGGGGGUGGUAGUGGAAGUCGUAAUGGUAAGGGCAAGAGUGCAAAAUAGACCAUUAGAGGUAGAGGUCAGAUAUAGAUAGAUAGUGGAUAGUGGGCAGUCGGGUGGAAAUAUCCGCGUUCCUGGACUCGGUUAUAGGAGCUAGCUUUGGGGUUUCUAAGUGCAAAGGGGUGAGGGGGCAAUGCUAUGUGGAAAAGCGAGUAUUGCUUUUGAUUGCUUUG